GGCAAAGCCGUAUAAUCACUUCUCCCUCUGCACCGCGUGUUGUUUAUAUCAAAGAGACUGAUACCGUUUGCUCAAACUAUAGAUGAUCACAGUGAUACGGCGCAAUGUACGAAUUAGCGUUCCGAUGGAUCGUGUACCUCUUUAUUGUUGACUUGGCCAGUGCUGCAACGAGUAAUAGUAUUGAGCAAGAUUUAUUCGUAAACAAAUGCGGCCGUACGAAAACCGAUUACGGCAUGCUAUUGGAUUCACAUGGCAAAGCUGGUGAAUACGAUUUCUUCAACCGAUCACUAAUAUGCAGUUACACCUUCAGAGCUUCAGUGCCUUACACAAACGUCCAGGUGGAGUUUCAUUGGUUUGAUGUAGGUGUGCGUUAUAUGGACACGGGUAGCUGUACCACAGCAUUUAUGAAUAUUUACGAUGGAAUGUCUUCGUCAGACGCUCUACUCAAAGGACCACUAUGUGGCUCUGAUCGACCGAGUCUGACGAUGACGACAGGUGAUAGCGUUACUAUCGAAGUGGAAAUUGACGGCAAUAGUACUGUGCUAGACUUUCGUGCUGUGUUAACGGCUUAUAGAGGCGAGACCGUUCUUGGGAUUUGUCCCAGUGCAACUGAUGAUUUUCACUGUGAAACCAGUAAACUGUGUAUUUCCACACAAAUGACAUGUCUUAGUCCCAACAUAUCAAGCUGUGGUAACCAAGAUUAUAGCGACCAGUCGAAGAACGAUCCAUUAAGUUGCCCUUAUGACUACGUUGAUUUGAUUCCAUUGUGGAUUGCCCUAGCUAUAGUUGCUGCCACUUUACCCUUUCUUAUGUACUGGUGUUGCUGGAGGCCUGGGUAUGUGCAGUGGGUGUGCUGCGUAUGUAGACACAAAAGUCUGGGCGGACCUUGUGAACUGUGCACACGAAAAAGCCGAAACUGCUUGAGAGGUCUGUUCGCUGGAUGUCGAGGUUGUGCGUGUUGCGGACCGCGUUACAUAGCUGACGCAGGGGACGGUGAAGGCGGUUACCGCAAGCUGUCUAGUCGGAAAGGCGUUUAUAUAUCAAAUUAUAGACACAAUAACUCACAAUAUGGUUAUUCCAAUAGUUCAACACCAUUACCAUUGCAAGGGACGAGAUCUCCGGACAGUGGAAAGGGUAGCACUGUUGAUUCUAAGAACGAAGUCCGUACUGUUCAUGCAUGA